AUGACAGAACCAGGCGAAGAACAAGAUCCUUCCCCCCCCCCCACCUCAAGAACAAGAUCUUCCCCCAAGAACAAGAUCUUCCCCCAAGAACAAGAUCCCCCAAGAACAAGAUCCCCCAAGAACAAGAUCUUCCCCCAAGAACAAGAUCCCCCAAGAACAAGAUCCCCCAAGAACAAGAUCCCCCAAGAACAAGAUCCCCCAAGAACAAGAUCUCCCAAGAACAAGAUCCCCCAAGAACAAGAUCCCCCAAGAACAAGAUCCCCAAGAACAAGAUCCCCCAAGAACAAGAUCCCCCAAGAACAAGAUCCCCCAAGAACAAGAUCCCCCAAGAACAAGAUCCCCCAAGAACAAGAUCUCCCAAGAACAAGAUCCCCCAAGAACAAGAUCCCCCAAGAACAAGAUCUCCCAAGAACAAGAUCCCCCAAGAACAAGAUCCCCCAAGAACAAGAUCUCCCAAGAACAAGAUCCCCCAAGAACAAGAUCCCCAAGAACAAGAUCCCCCAAGAACAAGAUCCCCCAAGAACAAGAUCCCCCAAGAACAAGAUCCCCCAAGAACAAGAUCCCCCAAGAACAAGAUCCCCCAAGAACAAGAUCCCCCAAGAACAAGAUCUCCCAAGAACAAGAUCCCCCAAGAACAAGAUCCCCCAAGAACAAGAUCUCUCAAGAACAAGAUCCCCCAAGAACAAGAUCCCCCAAGAACAAGAUCUUCCCCCAAGAACAAGAUCUCCCAAGAACAAGAUCCCCCAAGAACAAGAUCCCCCAAGAACAAGAUCCCCCAAGAACAAGAUCCCCCAAGAACAAGAUCUCCCAAGAACAAGAUCCCCCAAGAACAAGAUCCCCCAAGAACAAGAUCCCCCAAGAACAAGAUCUUCCCCCAAGAACAAGAUCCCCCAAGAACAAGAUCACUCAAGUCCACAAGUUUGA